AUGAAGUUGCCAAGCCAGGAGGAGUUUGAAGCCCCCAGUCUUUCUGAAACUGUUCCUGCAGGACAUCUGGAUAGUGGCCUUGGCACUGGCCCCAGUCCUGAUGGUCUGUCAGACACAGGCAGCAGGGAACUGGGGGUGUCCAAAGACCCCCUGCUCUUCAUUCAGCUCAACGAACUCCUGGGCUGGCCUGAGGCUCUGGAGUGGAGGGAGACAAGCAGGUGGGUGCUGUUUGAGGAGAAACUAGAGGUGGGUGCGGGCCGGUGGAGCACGCCCCAUGUGCCUACACUGGCACUGCCCAGCCUCUACAAGCUCCGAAGCCUGCUGGCCGAGGGCCAUGUACUGCUGGAUUGUCCAGCCCAGAGCCUCCUGGAACUUGUAGAACAGGUGACCGGAGUGGAGUUGCUGAGCCCAGAGCUGAGAGGGCAGCUGCAGGCUUUGCUGAUGCAGAGACCCCAACACCACAUCCAGUCCACAGGCAUCAGGCCUUGCUGGGGGUCUGCCCUGGCAAGAGAGGCUUCUCAUGAUGAGGAAUGCCCCCUGAAGGAACAGCAUCAGAACCCCCUGAGACAGAAGCUGCCUCCAGAAGCUGAGGCAGGGGUUGUACUGGCUGGAGAGCUGGGGUCCCUGGCACAACCGCUGGGGGCCUUUGUGCGACUUCAGGAUCCAGUGGUGCUGGGGCUCCUAACGGAGGUGCCAAUCCCCAGCCGGUUUUUCUGCCUCCUGCUUGGCCCCCCAAUGCAGGGAAGAGGCUACCAUGAGAUGGGCCGGGCAGCCUCCGUCCUCCUCAGUGACCCGCAAUUCCAGUGGUCCGCUCGCCGGGCCAGAAGCCACCAUGACCUUCUGGCAGCCCUGGAGGCCUUCCUAGAGGAGGUGACAGUGCUCCCUCCAGGUCGGUGGGAUCCGACAGCCAGGAUUCCACCGCCCAAAUGUCUGCCCUCUCAGCAGAAAAGAUCUCUUUCACAAAUGCGUGAAGUCAAGGACACCUCCGUCCCACGUGGGGCCCCAGCUGAGGGCAGGAAUGGCCAUGGGUCACACGCGGCCAACCCGGAAUUACAGCGGACUGGCAGGCUGUUUGGGGGUCUUAUCCAGGAUGUACGCCGCAAGGCCUCAUGGUACCCCAGCGAUUUCUUGGACGCCCUGCACCUCCAGUGCUUUUCGGCUGUGCUCUACAUUUACAUGGCCACCAUCACCAAUGCCAUCACUUUUGGGGGGCUGCUGGGAGAUGCGACCGAUGGUGCCCAGGGGGUGCUGGAAAGUUUUCUAGGCACAUCAGUGGCUGGAGCUACCUUCUGCCUGCUGGCAGGCCAACCCCUAACCAUCCUCAGCAGCACCGGGCCAGUGCUGAUCUUUGAGCGCCUGCUCUACUCCUUCAGCAGAGAUCACAGCCUGGACUACCUGCCCUUCCGGCUGUGGGUGGGUAUCUGGGUUGCUACCUUUUGCCUGGUGCUGGUGGCCACAGAGGCUAGUGUGCUGGUGCGUUACUUCACCCGAUUCACCGAGGAAGGCUUCUGUGCUCUCAUCAGCCUCAUCUUCAUCUACGAUGCCAUGGACAAAAUGCUGAACUUGGCCCAUGCCUAUCCUAUCCAGAGACCUAGCCCUGCCAUAGCAGGGUCCACUGUCUAUGGUUGUCUCUGUGAGUUCCGAGACCCAGAAGGAAAUGAAUCUCAAUGGACAAAGACAAGGUCAAAAGACAUCGGUGACAUCUUAAGUAUGGACCUAGGUCUGAUCAAUGUGUCAUUGCUGCCCCCACCGGAGUGUGUCCAGCGGGGAGGCCACCCUCGUGGCCCUGACUGUCAUACAGUCCCAGACAUCGCCUUCUUCUCCCUCCUCCUCUUCCUUACCUCUUUCCUCUUUGCCACGGCCCUCAAGCAUAUCAAGAACAGCCGCUUCUUCCCCUCGGUGGUACGCAAGGUGCUUGGUGACUUCUCCUCAGUUUUGGCCAUCUUGCUGGGCUGUGGCCUUGAUGCCUUCCUGGGCCUAGCCACGCCAAAGCUCCUGGUGCCCAGAGAGUUCAAGCCCACCCUGUCUGGGCGUGGCUGGCUGGUGUCCCCCUUUAAAGCCAAUCCCUGGUGGCUGAGUUUGGCAGCAGCCCUGCCUGCUUUGCUGCUUUCUAUCCUCAUCUUCAUGGACCAGCAAAUCACAGCGGUUAUCCUCAACCGCGCAGAGUAUAGACUACAGAAGGGAGCUGGCUUCCACUUGGACCUCUUCUGUGUGGCUGUGUUGAUGCUGCUUACCUCAGCACUUGGGCUACCCUGGUAUGUCUCAGCCACUGUCAUCUCCCUGGCCCACAUGGACAGUCUUCGGAAGGAGAGCAAAGCUUGUGCCCCUGGGGAGCCCCCUCACUUCCUGGGCAUUAGAGAGCAGAGGCUGACGGGCCUGGUGGUGUUCAUCCUCACAGGAGUCUCCAUCUUCCUGGCACCCGUGCUCAAGUUCAUCCCAAUGCCUGUGCUUUAUGGUAUCUUCCUGUACAUGGGGGUGACAGCACUUAAAAGCAUCCAGUUCACAAAGAGGGUGCAGCUAUUGUUGAUGCCUGUGAAACAUCAGCCAGAUCUGCUGCUCUUGCGGUAUGUGCCUCUGAGCAGAGUCCACUUGUUCACAGCCAUCCAGCUUGCCUGCCUGGGUCUGCUUUGGAUCAUCAAGUCUACUCCUGCAGCCAUCAUAUUCCCCCUCAUGUUGCUGGGCCUAGUGGGGGUCCGAAAGGUCCUGGAGUGGGUCUUCUCACCACAGGAACUCCUUUGGCUGGAUGAGUUGAUGCCAGAGGAGGAGCGGAGCAUCCCUGAGAAGGGGCUGGAGCCAGAGCACUCAUUCAGUGGCAGUGACAACGAAGAUUUGGACCUGAUGUAUCAUCCAAGGGCUCCAGAAAUCAACAUCUCUGUGAAUUAG